AUGAUACUAUUCAAAAUUACCCGUGAAGAAAUUUUAGAAGAAACGAGUUUUAUGAUUAUGGCAGCAAGCGAAACGACAGCAAUCACAGUCAACACGGUUUUAAUAAUUUUAGGAAUCUAUCCAGAAAUUCAAGAAAAAGUUUACCAGGAACUUGUUUCAGUUCUGCCACACAUGGGAAAAGAUCCAACUUUGGUGGAGAUCAGUCGUCUGGAUUACCUAGAACGCGUGAUAAAAGAAAGUAUGAGAUUAUAUCCUGCAGUUCCUUUUAUUUCGCGAUUUGCUGACGAAGACAUUAAUUGCGAUCCUUAUGUAUUCCCUGCCGGGUCGAACAUCGUCAUUCCUAUAGUGCAACUGCACAACGAUCCGGAAGUGUGGCCUGAGCCGGAAAAAUUUGAUCCAGAUCGGUUUCUCCCGGAUGAAGUUGCAAAAAGGCAUCGUUGUUCCUACAUUCCUUUCAGCUAUGGUGCCAGAAACUGCAUAGGUUUAAAAUAUGGGAUGAUGUCAGUAACAACAAUGCUUGCGACGAUCCUGAGACGUUUCAAAGUACAAACUCCUGAUUUGAAAUCAUUGAAAGACAUCGAGUGGGAGUAUCUCAUCGUCUUGAAGCCAAAAUAUAGUCGUCUUCUUUUCGAAAAGAGAACAUUUUGA